UAGCUGGAGUGCCGGCGCUGCGGCCAUUUUGCUGCGAGGCCUACAGCUGAGGCCUGGGCCUGAGUUAGUGCCGGAGCGGAGCCGAGCGCUGCGGCCGGGAUCGGGAGGCCGGCCCGAUGUGCUGCCGCGGCGGCGGCGAGCGGGACUUGCAGGGCUCGGCAAGGCGGAUGGGCGCCUCGCUGCUGCAGCAACUGUCGGCCCACGAGCGGGAGCUCGACCUCGUCUUCCUCGACCACAGUUACGCCAAACCCUGGAGCGCGCACCCCGAGGCCGGCGGCUCCCGGCCCGCACGCAGGCUCUUCCUCACCCCGCGGCGGCACCACGACAGCACCAGCGACUGUGAGGUGUCUGUGGAUGUGGAGACAGUAGUUCCAAAGCCGACCCCUCUUUACGACAACCAGAAGGCAUGGAGCGUGAUGAAUGAAUGUGAGCGGCAUGUCAUCUUCGCCAGGUCAGACACGGACGCCCCGCUCCCACCUGACGACUGGGAGGAGCACAUCAGCAGGUCAGGGUGGAGUGUGGCCCAGAACAAGCUGUUCAACAAAAUCGUGAAGGUGCUGUACUCGGACCGCUUGGCCAGGCUGGCCAACGAAGGGGCCAGCAACGAGCCGGUGCUACGGAGAAUCGCAGUGGACAAGUGCGCUCGCCGCAUCCGCCAGGCCCUGGCCAGCCUGAACUGGGACACCAAGCUGACGCAGUGGCUGCACACCACCCUGGUGGAUACACUCAGCCUCUCCAUGCUGGCAGCGUACCUCGAUGUCCUCCAGACCCUCAAGUGCAAGCUGCCGUCGCUGAUCGAUAAAAUGAUCAUCUCGUCCACGGCCAAGUCUGGGGCAGCCGGUGCAGAGGCCCUGCCCUUGUUGCUGAAGCGACCUUGGGAUCCUGCUGUCGGAGUCUUGUCCCACAACAAGCCCACUAAGGUCCCAGGUGCCCCACUGCUUCUCAUCGCUCCUGGUGGCCCCACGAAUAACAUGGCCUCUGCCUCACGCAGGAACCGAUUCUGGUUGUCCCAGCUGUCCUGUUUGGGAAAGGUAAUCCCGGUCACCAUGCACAUUGUCAACGGCGGCUCUGGAGUGAGCGUGUCCCAGUGCCUGGAGCACAUGAUUGGGGCCGUCCGCACAAAGGUCCUGGAGCUGCAGACUCACUUUCCGAGCCGACCGAUUGUACUGAUGGGGUGGAACGUCGCUGCUCUCGUGGCUUGUCAUGUCUCGGUGAUGGAGUUUGUGUCUGCUGUAGUUUGCCUCGGAUUCCCUCUUCUCACAGUGGAAGGACCAAGAGGAGAUGUAGAUGACCCUCUGCUGGACAUGAAGACGCCCGUGCUGUUUGUGAUUGGCCAGAACUCCGUGCAGUGCAACGCCGACUCCAUUGAGGAUUUCCGGGAGAAGCUGCGGGCUGAAAACAGCCUGGUGAUAGUUGGUGGUGCUGACGAUAAUCUCAGGAUCAGCAAAGCAAAGAAGACGGAGGGUCUAACGCAGAGCAUGGUGGACAGGUGCAUCCAGGUGAGUCCGGCCGACUUCCUGACCGGUGUGCUGACCAAGUGCGAGUCGCAGGCGGGGUUUGAAGCCAAGGAGGUUGACCUGGACAAGAAGAGGAGAUGUCGGGACACAAGGCGGGACUUGGCCUUCGAGCUGUCGGAGAGGACAGCCGGCCCGCGUCCCCGUUCAAGCCGCGUCCCGGUCUCUCCCUCUGGCUCAGAGGUGAGAACGUCGAGCGUGUCGAGCAGCCCCACCUCCAGCCCGAAGACAAAGAGCGCGUCCCUGUCCCUGUCCCCGGCCCAGAAGGCCAGCCUGAUCACUGCCACGGCCACCGCUGCCAGCCAGUCGCCCAGCCUCUCCGCCCAGUUCUCACACAUCCUCAAACAACACAUGCAGAAGACCGGCACUGUCCUCACCCAGAAACAAGCUCAAGCUCAUUUUGCUGCAUUCCUGAAGCAGAACGUGCUGGUGAAGAAGAAUUCCAGUCUGGCCAACUCGUCCUGUGUCUUCGUACCUGUGACGUCGGAGCCGCAGGAUGUCGGGGACAAGGACGACGCUAAGGCGCAGCUGAAGCGACGGCAGGCCACGAGCCCCACGCCCCUCGUCUCCAAACCCCGCCAAGAAGCCAAUAUCAAGGUGACCAUCCUGUCCCACGAGACGUGCCUGCCUCCACCGCCCUGCCCUACCUGGAGCCAGGACG